AAAUAGUUGUUAGGUGCUCACCCAGCUCUCCGGACUUGAGCUUCUUGGGCCUCUUUGUCCGGAGAACCGCGACCAGGAUGUGGAAUAGCGGAUUCGAAAGCUUCGGCGGCUCCAGCUAUGGCGGAGCGGGCGGCUACACGCAGACCCCCGGCGGCUUCGGCUCGCCCACACCGACGCAGGCAGAGAAGAAAUCAAGGGUCCGAGCCCAGCACAUUGUGCCCUGUACCAUAUCUCAGCUGCUUUCCGCUACUCUGACUGAUGAAGUGUUCAAAAUUGGGAAUGUUGAGAUUUCACAGGUCACUAUUGUGGGAAUAAUCAGACAUGCAGAGAAGGCUCCUACCAAUAUUGUUUACAAAAUAGACGACAUGACUGCAGCACCUAUGGAUGUUCGCCAGUGGGUUGAUACAGAUGAUGCCAGUGGUGAAAACACUGUGGUUCCUCCAGAAACAUAUGUGAAAGUGGCUGGCCAUCUCAGGUCUUUUCAGAACAAAAAGAGCUUGGUAGCCUUUAAGAUCAUUCCCCUGGAAGAUAUGAAUGAGCUCACUGCACAUAUUCUGGAAGUGGUCAAUUCACACAUGAUACUCAGCAAAUCCAACAACCAGGCCUCUGCAGGGAGGCCAUCCAUCAGCACCUCAGGAAUGGGUGAGCCAGGGAACUUCAGUGGGAGUAACUUCAUGCCAGCAAAUGGUCUCACUGUGGUCCAAAACCAGGUGCUGAAUUUGAUCAAGGCUUGCCCAAGACCAGAAGGACUGAACUUUCAGGAUCUCAGGAGCCAGCUGCAGCACAUGCCUGUAGCCUCAGUCAAGCAAGCAGUGGAUUUUCUGUGUAACGAGGGACACAUUUAUUCUACUGUGGAUGAUGAUCACUUUAAGUCCACAGAUGCAGAGUAAUGAGCUCGUUGGGAACCUGAAGGGUUUCCAGCUGGACCUGUUUUCAUCAUCUGUGCUCUCCAGCUCUGCAGAGUUUGGCCAGUGGCUUCUAGGACAGAAGGUUCAUGUAGAUCUCAGCUGAAGUCCUCUUGAAACUUACUGCUGUUGUGUUUCUUGUUGUUUAGAGGUUCAAAAGGAGAUAGACACUUGAGAAGGAAGUAAAGUAGGCUGGGAUUUCUUAACAGAAAUUUUGGUAAGCUAGUCAGGACUCCAGGAUGGAUGGUCGAGAUUGAAAGAGGAACACCACCAAGAGAGCAGGGCAGAGCUGCAUCCGGCUUGGUAGCUUCUGUUCUUAAAAGGCUUCCUGUUGUGAGGCUGGACAGAACUAGGGCCCAAAAAAAGACCCACAACCUUCUGCCUAUUUUGUUUACCACUCUGGGUGUGUGGUGUUACUUUUAAAAUUGCACUUUUCCUUCCCCUUGUCUUGCCUGUGGCUGAAAUGAGGUUGGAGUGAGCCUGAGGUUCUGGUGUGGUGGCCUCACAGGGCUGAGAGAAAGAAACAUUACUUCAUUUUUUGUAAUAUAAAUGUCUAUAUGUUUAAUAAAACAAUUCAAUUAUAGUAGCUUCUGAGAU